AUGGAUAAAAAGAUAGUGCGCAAAGGGCCGCUGUAUAGGGGUCGCCGGGGCGCGUCUGGAGCUGGCGCUGGACGCAGCAGCUUGCGGGCCGCCAGCCAAGCGCAAGGAGCUGCACGGUUACCUAGCAGCCCUCCGCAUCCAUCAUCCCCACCAGAAGGCUUGGUAUCGGCUGGGUCUUCUCGGAUUCAGCAAGCGGCACCCGCCGCUGGUGGAGCACGUCGCAUGCGUUGCUCACAAGCAAUGAACGCAAACGCACUGCGGCCGUACUUUAGGGCAAAAGGGGAAGAAACUGGAUGUUUGGCGUAUCGGGCUAGGAUGCAUCGUCUUUUUACUGAGCUGGAGCCAUCUUUAACCGUCACAGAGCAAAACCUGGCAGACCGAGUUCGGUAUAUCUUGCGCUCAAAUAUAGUUGAUGUCGCCGAACUCGAACGGCUACGACGUGUGGCUGUUCCCUUAUCGGAUGAAAAUGCUACGGCUGAGGAUGCGGCACCACAAAUUGUAUAG